CGUUUGAAAUCGGCGCCGGCGGGCGGACCCCGCGCCUGCCGCUGCCCGGCCCGAGCGCCGCGGCCCCUCAGAACCUAAGCUCCAGCUAGCUGGACCCUUGUCCCUCUUGCUCACUGCCGCACCCUCUGCAGGUAGACAGUGCGUGGCACAUGAUAGGUGCUGAUGUUUGCUCCAGAGGAGUCAGAAGCACGAGGUGCCUUGUGAGAAGGUUUUGCUUUCAGCACGACCCUGACAGCCUCCCAGGCCUCCCUGAGAAGUGCCGGCACCAACCCGGACGGGGCAGCUGCAGCCGGGGCCUCACAGGCUGCCUUCCCAAAGGUCCGCCCUUCCCAGCAUCCUCCCUGCCUGGUGCCCACCGCGCCCUUGGACUCUUGCUCUGGUGGCAGCCAUGAAGUCUAAGACCAGCAGUGCCCUGAACCCAAGCUGUAGCAUAAUGAUCUUCCACCCGACCAAGGAGGAGUUCAGCAACUUUGACAGGUACAUCGAGUACAUGGAGUCACAGGGCGCCCACCGUGCAGGCCUGGCCAAAGUCAUCCCCCCAAAGGACUGGAAGGCCAGGAGCACCUACGAUGAUAUCGAGGACAUGCUCAUCAGCACACCACUGCAGCAGGUGGUCUCGGGGCAGGCGGGUGUGUUCACCCAGUACCAUAAGAAGAAGAAGGCCAUGACCGUGGGCGAGUACCGGCGGCUGGCCCACAGUGACCAGCACCGCACCCCGCCCCACCUCGACUUCCAGGACCUGGAGCGCAAGUACUGGAAGACGCGCCUGUACGGCUGCCCCGUGUAUGGUGCCGACAUCAGCGGCUCCCUGUUUGACGGCAGCAGCACCCAGUGGAACCUGGGCCACCUGGGCACUGUGCAGGACUUGCUGGAGCAGGAGUGUGGGCUGGUCAUCGAGGGCGUGAACACGCCGUAUCUCUACUUCGGUAUGUGGAAGGCCACCUUCGCCUGGCACACGGAGGACAUGGACCUAUACAGCAUCAACUACCUGCACUUUGGUGCGCCCAAGACAUGGUACGCUGUGCCACCUGAGCACGGCGGCCGCCUGGAGCGUCUGGCCAGGGAGCUCUUCCCCGGCAGCUCAAGAGGCUGCGGCGCCUUCCUGCGGCACAAGGUGGCCCUGAUGUCGCCCACGGUGCUCAGGGACCAUGGCAUCCCCUUCGGGCGCAUCACACAGGAGGCAGGCGAGUUCAUGGUGACCUUCCCCUACGGCUACCAUGCAGGCUUCAACCACGGCUUCAACUGCGCAGAGGCCAUCAACUUCGCCACGGCGCGCUGGGUGGACUACGGCAAGGCAGCGGCGCAGUGCAGCUGUGGGGAGGCGCGCGUGUCCUUCUCCAUGGACACCUUCGUGCGCGUCCUGCAGCCCGAGCGCUACGAGCUGUGGCGGCGUGGGCAGGACCGCGCGCGACCCGACCACACUGAGCCCCUUCCCAGGGCCCGCAGGCCUGCCCGCCCACCCCGCAGCGCCCUGGCCUCGAGCCUUGAGCACCCCUUGCGCCCCGCCCCACGGCCCCUGCGGGCCGUCCGCACCCACGCCGCCGCCACUGCCGCUGAGACCCCGCCGCUCACCCAGAGGACAGUGGGUCGUGGAGGGCGGGGGCGCCGCCCACGGGACCAGGACGACCCGGAGCCGGCAGGGCAGCAGGCCCGGGCCAAGAGGCGCCCCUGAGUGGGCGCGGCGCCGCUCCCCAAAGCGCAGGGCCUGAAACCCCUCUCCCGGGGAACGCAGGACGCUGCCGGUGCUGCUCUCGCGGAUCAGCCCUGCCUGGGGUCGCUGCCGCCGCAGACCCCUGCUCCUCGCCCUUGGCGCCGGCUCGGGUCCUGCACGCUCAGGGUGAGGGGCCACGUCUCACGGCUGGUUCCCCCUACGUCUCCCCCUUUGCCUUCCUCCCUGCUCUCUUGUUGUUGCAAACUAGCCCCUUUGAAGCCCAGAAAUUAUUUAUGAUUGUUCUGAGAAAUUGGUGCAUUUAAAUGUUCCUGCCCGUAUUUGUUCAGAGAUAUUAUUAAA